CCAAACCUCCCACAUUCACACUGUGUUGCGUGCUGUUAGUCAUAAUCUUGGUCUUCGAUUUAUUCAUCCUCAGUCCGCCCCGAGGCUUGCGUUGUUAAGUUGGUUGAUCAUUUCACCAAGCUCUGCAGCAGAAAAGGAGAAUACCACGAUGUCGUCGGCGAAACGGAGAUUGACAUUCUCCUUUUUCUGGGCUAUUAUUUUGCUAAGCAUUAACUGCUCUAAAGUGCGAGACGCAAACGAACCAAAAGGCAUAUAUUUGGAGGAAUACUGCCCAGGCCUUGCAACAUGCCCGGAAGGAUCACAUGUUUUAUGCAUGUACUAUACGCCUGGCAAAAUUACAGGACCACGUUGUUAUCAGCCCAUGAAUAUUACAAUGACCGGAGAACUGGCACAGUUAAUACUUGACAUUACAAAUGCCAUCAGAAGUAAAAUAGCUUUAGGCAAAGAGACAGGAAAGCAACAGGCACCACUUCCAAGAGCUUACGGUAUGAACAAAUUGAAAUGGGACAAUGAACUGGCUACGUUCGCUCAAGUUAUGGCUAACCAAUGCAUUUUGAGGCACGACUUAUGUCGAGCGUCAAAAACUUUCUCAGAUCCCGGCCAAUCAGCAGGCCUCGUCAGAUUUACGCACCCUGAUUGGUUACCAGUAUCGGCCGGUGCUAAAUUCAAAACUAAAGGUCUCAUCCAACCAAAACUAAUGUACGCUGUUACGCAAGCUCUGAGGUCCUGGUACAAUCAUAAGGAUUAUGUCACUCCAGAGUUAAUUGACACGCAUCCAGAUUUCGAUCGGGUGGCUGGUGGCGGUAAGCUGUACCUUCAGAUGGUAUACGCGAAAGCUACUUACAUGGGUUGCGGAAUUAUUGGAUAUACAGAGUACGCGUACCAUGAUAACAAUGCCAAUCUUAUUUAUAACUCAGUCCAAAUAAUCUGCAACUUCUCGGCGCGCCCAAAGCCAGGGGGACCUGUCUACGACAUCAACCCGCCCGACAAACCUGGAUAUACUGUCCGCUGCGGUUGCCCACCAGGUUUUGAUGAGGACAACGCCUGCCUUUGUGAGAAUGUUACUUCCAAAGCAAAUGUAUACUGUGAUGGGAAAAAAUGCAAACCAGCUGUAGUUCUCCUGCCAAUUUUCACUGUCGAAGAUAUGCCACCAAAAGCUGCACGACGCGGUUACAAUAACGAAGACGAAAUCGACGAACUAAUUAUGCCAAAAAUGUUAGACCAAUAUUCAGCAGAGAGUUUCAAUAUAUUUCCUGAUAACAAUUUGUUAGAAGAAUCCUUUAAACAUCCACUUAUACUUCCAUAUAAUCAGCCAAAACAGAAAAUCAAACCCCCAAACAAACCACCAAACAAAACAUCAAAAAAAGUCGUAGUAAAGCCGCGACAUUUUUCCCAGAAAAAUGAUGACAUGGCUAACGUAGAUUACUCCUCGAUGUUUCACCGUCGCAUUACGCCUCAAAAAUUAAAAAAGAAAACUGAAGAAAAAAAGAAAUUAAAAAAAGCAGCGGCAAUUAAAAAGAAAUACACGCCACCAAAAGUACAACCAAAAAAGUAUGCAGGAAAAAAGAAAAGCAUUUUCUCUAUAGCUUCUAAAUUUACGUUGCCAAAAUCAAGUUCAAGUUUAAAAAAAUUCAAAACUAAAGUCGCAUCACUCAAAAAACAGCUACCUAAAAUUCACGAACCAAUAAACAAACAUUCAGACGAAGAGACUGAAUACCCAAAUGAAAUCGUAGCGAAACCCAAACCCCGCCAAACACUGUUCAAGUCACCAACACGGAGAAUUUAUACAAACAAUACAUUGCCUAAUUCGAAAUACAAAUUUUUAAAAAACAAAUUUCGGUAUUUUGAGGGAAGUAAGAAACUGAAGGGCUUCCCAACAGAUAUUACAAAUAUCGAUGAAGAAUCAGACAAUAAAUUGAUGAAUUUGUUGGACACCUUAGAACAAGAAGUUAAACACAUAGAAUUAGAUAGAAGCGAGAAGCAAUUGUUUGAUGCAAAAUUAAGAAAAAUAUAUGGUUCUUUAGUGACUAAACCUAAAAAAGGAGAUCGAUAUUCGAAACCAUACCAGGAAACAACACCUGAUAUUGAUUUUACAUCUAUAUUAGACUUUAACCAAGUACCUGACGAUGUAGAGAGUAUGAAUAAAAUUGUUGAUAAGCAAAUGUCUGAAACCGAAGAUAGAGUGCAGAUGGAAAAGCAAUUUUCUGACAAAGAAUAUGAAAGCAAACAAGGUCGUAUAUCACCGAUGUACGCAGUAAAAGACCAACAUCCUCUUACACCGGUAGCUCGACCUCAAAGCGAACCAGAGACAAAUUAUAAAACAAUUACUGACGAAGAACCGAAUUACUCAUCUAGAAAAAACACUAAACAGGACUUCCAAAAACUCAAGCAUUCAUUCUAUUCCAGUGAUGAUAAUAUGACACCUAUUGAUAGGACUGAUAACCUUAAAGAUAGGUCUAGAGUAAGACCUGAUACCUACAAGGAAAGAUCAAUUUACAGACCUGAUAAUUUUAAAUUCCAUGAACCGUAUAUAGACAAGAAAGACUACGACAGAGGCAAAGAAGCUAAUGUGCUUAAUCGACGAUUUGAUUCAGACAAUGAUAUAAAAAGCAAGUCAUUGUAUAAAAAUGAAGAUUAUAAUGAUUACAAAUUACUGUUACCUGAUUAUUCUACUGAUGAUGCUAAUGUCAGAGCGAAACCUCAUUAUGACGAAGAAAAUGCGGAUGGACAUUUAGAUUUUGAUCGAAGACGAUUCUAUCAGGAAAAACUGAAUAAAUUAGAACGAAAAAUGCAUGGUAUAGAUGAUAACCCACGACAUGCUACUCAUCAACGGGAUCUAACUCGUCGAUUAAUGCAGUCGUCGGUAAUGAGACCCCAGAACGACCUCCAAAAGCCACGAGAACAAAUGUUGAGGCGACCAGAAAUGUUUCAACAUCAACCUAGCAAGUUAACAGCCAGAAACAAUAAGAUGGAUUAUUAUGUACCUGAUCGAGCUCGAUCUCUGCAUGGCUUUUGAAUAUAGCUGUAAAGAUAGCUGUCAUGAGUUUGAGUUUGGAUCGGCAUUGGAUGUUGUGAAAUAAUAUUUCUGCCAUAUCGUUACCAAUUUUUUCUCAGCGUUUACCUUUAGAAGAAUUUUAUGUCAUUAUAAAUAAUUGAUUAUUAAGAAAUAAAAUGUCAUAGCCAAUUUAUUUAGUCACAAAGAAAUUAUCCAUUUUUUU